AUGCCAGGGCCAAUGGACAUCGAUGAACCAGAAGGCGGCGGACGAGGCUGCCCGUCCAGUACGAACGAGCUAGACGAGACGAAGAAGUUAAUGGGCGGGGAAUGGAACUGCUCAUACCUGCUGCCGAUACCGAUACUUACGAUCGAGGGAUGCGAGGCCAAUCCUGGCGCGAAGGAAAGGAUCGAGAACGAGUUCAGGGUCUCGGUCACUUUCAAACAGACCAUGCCGCACUAUAAGGGCUUCGGGAACGGGCUCUGCCGGAUCCUCGCCCAGGACUCCCUGGCGAUCUAUCGGUCACUCAACUUGGUCGUCGCCCUCGUCAGGCUCAGUGCUCCCUCCCGAUACUGCUUUUGGACCCAUUGGCUGUUCCCUCAAGAGAUCAUCUGGAAUAGUCAUAUCAACCAUCAAAAGACUAACAAUCCAAGCAUCCUCAACUAUAAACCUCCACUGCCAGCCGGAGGCUUCUGUAAUGAGCAGGAUCCCAGCAAACUGGCGGCCGCCGGCAAUCCUGGCUCCUCGGCAGAUCAGGGCCAUAAAGACCCUCAAUCCUUUUUUCGGAUGGAGGAUGAAGUGCCCGGGGCGCCAUCGACGGAACCCGCGGCGCCGAUUGAGACUGACGAGCCAUACCGCUGGCCGAAGGAGCCGAGUCCAACCGGCCAACCAGGAGGGGUGAUCUCCUCGAGCACUCCCCUCGACACGCCGUAUUCUCCGGAGCCCGGCCCGCCGGCUGGCUCGCCCAUCGAUACCCCGCCCGUCCUCGACCAUCGUCCGUCUCCUCACUCGCCUACCGAUACCCCGCCCGUCCUCGAGUCUCCCUCAGCAGCACACUUCCCCCCGGGAGCUGACAAUUACCUCGUGACAACUACGCCCUGCUCGUCGCCGGAGGAGCGCGCCCGGGCGCCGGCCGACUCCAGACGCGUCUUCUCCAUCCAGCCCACCACCCCCGCAUCCGACGAACUCGGGCCCGAUCAUGCCGAGCUCACGCCAAGGGCAGCCCACAAACCUGACCCAACUCACCUCGCUUUAGAUAUAACCGCCAGCGAGCCUGUGUUGCCCCCGGACCACCCGGACUCCCAGCAAUCGUUCACAUGGCUCAACGGCUCUUUGGAGCUCGCCCAGGACAGGCCUCCUCCUCAAGCUCCUCCUCAUCCGUCUCCUCCGACUCCCAAUCAAGACGCGACGGAAUCCCAGCAAACAGUCAACACCUCACAGUCCUCUCAUGAGAAUCCAACAACCGAAAGCAGUGGGAUGACUAGCAGUGUGCUAGAGCUCCCUCUGACGAUUAAGGAAUAUCUAUCCAAGAAGGAGUUUUACGCGGUUCGGGAGAUCAUCCAUGAAUCUAAAGCGUUUUGUAGAAUAUCGGUCACACCGGAAUCCCUCAGGUUUUCGGCGGUUGGAACUCAAGAACAGGUCUCGCUUGCCAUGGUCUUGAUGUCCAUCAAGAUCAAAGAACUUUCUACUCCUUCGACUGAGAAUCAAGCCAAUCAAACGUUGUAG